AUGGUUUACGGCCCACCGGGCUCAAUAGAGGUCGUGCUCACGCUAGCGCCAGCAGGGCUGGCUGAAGUUGAAGUGAUUGAAGAGCUGCUCGAGCUGAAAGAUGAGAAACUGCUAGAACUUGACGAGCUGAUGGAGCUAGAGGAGGUACUCGAGCUUGAAGAACUGCUUGAACUCGAAGAGCUGCUUGUAGUCGAGGUCAAGGUGUUUGAAAUGGUAGUUGAGGUGAUACUAUCCGUAGACGAAGGGGAGGAUGUAGUCAAUGAACUGCUCCCCGAGCUGAUACUGGUGGUGCUUGAGCCAUCGGUCGAGCUACUGCCGAUUGUCGUACCGGUCGUAGUAGAAGUUGCGGCGGUACUGCUGCCGCUUGAAGACGUGCUGCUGACGCUGCUGGUUGAUGACGAAAUGGUAGAUAUUGAGCUCAAGGAACUACUCGUCGAGGAGGUGGAAGCCGUGCUAGAAGUACUGCUAUUUCCAAAGUUGAACGUGCCGGUGCUAGUCGUAGAGCUAGGCUGGGGUGGGUUCAGGGAGCUUGUGGCAAAGGUCGUGGAAGACGAGGAACUGCUGAGGAUGCUGCUGCUGGACAUGGACAAGCUACCGCUCAAUAUGCUGGCCGAGGAUGAUGUAGACAAUGAGAGAAUUGACGAGGAUAAGCUGCUCGAGCUGGUGCUUAUAGGUUCUGACUGGAUGCUGCUGCUGGUAGAGCUAAGAGUGAUACUCAACGAUGAACUCAGCGAGGACGAGAUGCUGGUGAUCGAAGCGAUUGCAGAGAUGGUGGUAUUAGAAGCAGUAGGAGGCAGCACAGUCAGUACAAAGCCUAUAUUGGCCGGAAUCGGAGUCGUGGUCGGCUGGCCGGAGGGUUGCUGGGCGGCAGCAGAGAAAGCUAAGGCCGUCAAGACGGCGACCUGCUCGAUCCAUCUCAUGGUCAACUAUGCAGGGCUCGGCAUCACAAGUUGA